GGACAACAAAUAUUUUUGUGUUCCACCAAUUUUGCGACUUCAAUUGUCAACAUGUUGAAAAGUUGUGUUAAAAGAAUUAAAGUUUUUAAUAAUAAAACAAUUUGUCACUAUUGUACAAGUAAACAAAAUGCACCGAGAACUAAAUGGAAAAGUGUUGUUGGCUUGGAAGUUCACGCACAAAUAUCAUCCAAUUCGAAACUAUUUUCUGGGAGUUCCACUUCUUUUACGGAACCACUUAAUUCGGCAGUUUCUGUUUUUGAUGCUUCUAUACCAGGAACUUUACCAGUUCUGAAUAGAAGAUGUGUUGAAGCAGGUAUAAAAACUGCAUUGGCAUUGAAUUGUCGUGUGAAUCCGGUUUCAAUGUUCGAUAGGAAGCACUAUUUCUAUGCUGAUUUACCGACAGGAUAUCAAAUAACACAACAAAGAGCAGCAUUGGCUAAUGAGGGUGAAAUCAAUUUUCCGGUGUUGGUACCGGGAAAAUCUAAGCCAUACAGAAAGACUGUUCGGCUUCACCAGCUACAACUAGAACAGGACAGUGGGAAAAGCUUACAUGACGAUUCUUUAAAAAGGAGCUUGGUUGAUCUUAAUCGCGCUGGAGUCCCACUUAUGGAGUUAGUUUUUGAACCCGAUCUUGAAACUGGCGAAGAAGCCGCAUCUCUUAUAAAAGAACUAAUAUUGAUCUUCAAAACACUUGGAACUUGUUCCUGCAAAAUGGAAGAGGGUGCAUUACGUGUAGAUGCUAAUAUUUCAAUUCACGAAGCUGGAACACCCUAUGGAGUUAGAACUGAAGUUAAAAACAUAGGCUCUGUUCGUAGUAUUGCCCAAGCAAUUUCAUACGAAGUGAAUCGCCAAAUAGAAAUUAAAAACAGCGGUGGUGUGAUAAGCAACGAGACACGGUCUUGGGAUGCUGAAUCAAAGCGGACCGUAGCGAUGCGUGAUAAAGAAGUUCUUCAGGAUUAUCGAUUCAUGCCCGAACCGAAUCUUCCACCAUUGCGAGUUGAUGUCAAGGGAAAUCUUAAUAGACCGGAAAUAGUUUCAGUGCCUAAAAUCGGAGAAGAGAUACCAGAUCUUCCAGAAGCUAUUAGACAGAAUUUAGUCAAUAAAUUCAAUUUGGGACAAGAUCCUGCCAUAAUUCUUGUUAAUGAAACUGUACUUCUUGACUUCUUCAUGAGCGUUCUAAAUGAAUUACCAGGAAUUCCAACAAAACUCGUUGCCAAUUUUCUAAUAAAUGAUCUCCUUACAAUUUGCAAUAAGUCUAAUAUGGAUGUAGAAGAUUGCAAGGUGUCUGCAAAUCAUUUAAAGGACAUUUUAAGAAAUCUUCAUGAAGAAGAAAUCAACCUUAAAUCAGCUCGCAUUUUAAUUGAACAACUACACGAGACUCCAGAAUUGACUGUGGCUGAUAUAAUUGCGGAGAAAAAUCUAAAACAAAUAAGCGAUCCUGUGGAAAUUGAAAAGUUAUGUCUACAAGCAAUAGACAAGCAACCAAAAGCUGUUGAGAAUUAUAAGGCUGGCAAGACAAAAGCUUUUUUUGCAAUAGUGGGAGAAGUGGCAAAAUUAUCAAAUCAAAAAGCAAAUAUGUCCGUAGUUGUUAAAAAACUAGAAGAACUACUUAAAAAUUAAAGUCUUCUUAUCAAGAAUGAAUUCAAAAAAAAAAAACUGAGAACAUUUUUAUAAAAAUUUCGACUUAAAUUAAUAAUCUAAGAAUAAAUUACACCAAGGUAAGAAUUUCUUUUGUAUAAUCAUUAAAUCAAACUGGAGGAAUGUGUGAUACUUAUUUAUGCAAACCAAAAAAAGUCCACAAAAAGAAAAUGGCCCAGUUUAGAGCUACAUAUUUAUUUAUUUCCGUUCAUUUUUAUU